UACAUUAUCAAACCCAUGAAAAAUGGCAUUCCAACCCUAUUAACGCCUCACGUGGUUGUGUUGUUGUUAACCGUAGCACACCGCUUGUUUGUUCUGUGCCUACUAGAUUACAUACAAAAUCGUUUUUGCAACAUGAGUUCGCGUGAUGACGUUGACUGUCGGGUAUAUGUUGGUAAUCUCCCACCUGAUGUAAGAGAAAAAGACGUGGAAGACUUAUUUUACAAAUAUGGUUCUAUCCGCCAUGUUAAUUUGAAAAAUCGCAGAGGUCCACCAUUUGCAUUUGUUGAAUUUGAAGAUAGAAGGGAUGCGGAAGAUUCAGUUCACGGUAGAAAUGGUUACAACUUUGAUGGAUACAAACUUCGAGUUGAACAUCCUCGUGGAAAUGGUCCUUCCCAACGGCCGGCAUAUGGAAUGUCAAGUUUCAGAGCAAGAGGGGGGCCGCCUUCACGAAGAACGGAUUUUAGAGUUAUGGUGUCUGGGCUUCCUCCAACUGGCAGUUGGCAGGAUUUAAAAGAUCACAUGAGAGAAGCUGGUGAUGUGUGUUAUGCUGAUGUUUAUCGUGAUGGAACUGGAGUUGUUGAGUUUGUCAACCGAGAUGACAUGCAAUUUGCUGUCAAGCAUCUGGAUGACACGAAGUUUCGUUCUCAUGAGGGUGAAACUGCUUAUAUCCGAGUAAAGAUAGAUGGGUCACAGUCUCCUAGACGAUUAAGGUCUCGCAGUCGUGAUCGUGAGCGUCGUAGGUCUCCAUCCUAUUCGCCAAGAUAUCGGUCUCGUUCUCGGUCAAUUUCACCACAACGUCGUUCAUAUUCCAAUUCUCCUCGCAGAUCUCGUUCGCGUUGAAGUAGCUCGCCAUUCUGUUAGAGGUCAAGUUUUUGCAACAGGAACUUUCUAAUUUGGUUCUGCCAGAUUUGAAUUCAAAUUACUUUCUAAACUUUAGAAUUGCUAAUAGUCUGUCACAUGCUUACUUCUGUAAGCUCGGUUUUUUUUAGACUGCUAAUUGCAUUUACAAACUCUUUAAACUGCAGUUUGCUUGGACUAGGAUAACUGAGGAGGUUCUGGUAUAAAUGGAAAUGAAAACGCACUAAAAUGGAGACUAACAGGACUGGAAAAUAAGGAAUCUAAACUAAACUAGGUACUUCAAAAGUACAACUAAUCAUACAUUUUUCACCCUGUAAAAACGAGUUCUGCCUAUCUGUAGUUCCCAACGUGCUUGUUAUGAAGUGUAUGUAUUGUGAAACCUUGUAUGUGAUCUGAUUAUGUCAAUGUUACUUUUUGUCACUAGCUUGUACCAAAUUUGCAUUCGUAGCUGCCCAAGUACCUUUGGAGUGUUUUUCAGACCUAACUCUAUUAUGCAUUUUUGCCCAUAGAUAACUAUGGAUAUGGAGCUAGUGCGAUCUAUAACUAAGGACAGGAUUUUAUGGAUAAAUGGAAACUAACUUUAGGAGUUCGCAGGAUUGGAAUUGGAGUUAGCCUGGAUAUUUAAGCCUAGUUUUAGUUUUUAAAAAAUUACUUUGGAUAAGUUUACAGGUAGGUAUAUCAUAAACGAUGCAUCUUUCAAGCUGAAGUGAACUGCCAUCCCAAUAAACCAGUUGUUGUGUA